AAUAAGCAAGUGGGAUUAUAUCCUCACCAUUUAUAGAUGAAGUCAUUUUGGCCGCUUGGUCAAUCGGAGCAUCCAACGUCAGUACACGAACCAAAGGGCAAGGAUAUCCUCACCCUUGAGAGUGGGAUCCAAAACGACAGCGGUGUUCAAUUGGCAAUCAGCACCUCUUCGACCGGAACAAAAAAAAUUUCUUCCUCUUCCGACCUUUAGCAGAGGAGGAAUGGAUAAUCUGCUUCAAUGGAGGCUAUUCCCUCUGCUGACACUGCUUGCUUCUCUUGUCGUCUUCUUCUAUGUCCAAAAUCGUUCUAAGCUCCCUGAAAAAAGCUGCAGUCUGCUUCCUUACCAACAUUACUGGAUAGCAAGCAAGCGCAUUGUAACACCUCAAGGGGUUAUAUCUGGAGCAGUUGAAAUACAGGCCGGGAAGAUCGUCUCCAUUGUUAAAGAAGACCAAAAGCGUCCAAGUUCCAAGUUGGGGCAUGUAAUUGAUUAUGGAGAGGCUGUUGUCAUGCCUGGCUUGAUUGAUGUGCAUGUACACCUUGAUGAUCCUGGAAGAACAGAGUGGGAAGGAUUUCCUUCAGGAACUAAAGCAGCUGCUGCUGGUGGAAUAACAACAUUGGUUGAUAUGCCUUUGAACAAUUUUCCCUCAACUGUGUCUAGGGAAACUUUUGAACUCAAGAUUCAGUCUGCAAAAGAGAGGAUUUAUGUAGACGUUGGUUUCUGGGGUGGUCUUGUUCCUGAAAAUGCAUUUAACAAAUCUGCUCUAGAGGAUCUCCUAAAUGCUGGUGUCCUUGGUUUAAAGUCUUUUAUGUGUCCCUCUGGCAUCAGUGAUUUUCCUAUGACAAACACCAGUCAUAUUAAGGAGGGACUGUCUCUAUUGGCAAAAUAUAGAAGACCUUUACUUGUACAUGCAGAGAUUGAACAAGAUCCUAUCAGCAACUUGGGACUUGAAGAUGGCGAUGAUGAUGCUCGCUCCUAUUCGACUUAUCUCAAGACUCGGCCACCUUCAUGGGAGGAGGCAGCUAUUAGGGAGCUCUUGACAGUGACAAAGGAUACAAGGAUUGGUGGCUCAGCAGCAGGAGCUCAUCUUCACAUUGUUCACUUGUCUGAUUCAAGUUCUUCCUUAAAUCUUAUUAAGGAAGCAAAAAAUGGAGGUGAUAGUGUAACUGUUGAGACUUGCCCCCACUAUUUAGCUUUCUCAGCUGAAGAGAUUCAGGAUGGAGAUACUCGUUUCAAAUGUUCUCCGCCCAUCCGUGAUGCAGCCAACAAAGAGAAGUUGUGGGAUGCUCUGUUGGAAGGACAUAUUGAUAUGUUAAGUUCUGAUCAUUCCCCAACCUUGCCGGAGCUUAAGCUCCUCGAUGAUGGUGACUUUUUGAGGGCUUGGGGUGGAAUAUCAUCUUUGCAGUUUAUUCUUCCAGUAACGUGGUCAUAUGGGAAGAAAUACGGAGUAACUCUGGAACAGUUAGCUUCAUGGUGGGGUGAGAGACCUGCCAAGCUUGCUGGACAAGAAUCAAAGGGGAGCAUUGCAGUUGGAAACCUUGCAGAUGUGGUUGUCUGGGAACCUGAAGUGGAGUUUGACCUCGAUAAUGACUACCCUGUAUACCUUAAGCAUCCGGGUAUCUCAGCCUACAUGGGAAGAAAGCUGUAUGGAAAAGUUUCAGCAACAUUUGUGAGAGGAAACCUUGUGUACGAAGAGGGGAAACAUGCUUCUGCUGCCUGCGGUGUUCCAAUCCUCGCAAAAUAAAGGAGUAUAGAAAUAGAAUUAGGAAAAUAAAUCAGUUUUUCCUACUUGCCUGUGAAGGUUUCACAUCCAUAUAGACCAUGUCUGUACAGUACCACACAAGAAUAAAAGAAUAGCUGAUGUUUACUUACAAAAAUGCAUAUACAGCAACCAUAACUCUUUUAGCAAUUUUAAUCUUUAUGGACAGUCCAAUUGCAGAA